CUAGGUGCACCACCAGCCAUGAUGCAGCAGUCUCGACUGGAGACGGAUACCAUCGGAGCCGGCGAGGGGCCACAGCCAGCAGCGUCCUGGUCAACCUGGGUCACCAGGCAGGGCUGGAUGCGCUGGUGGGCAUACCACAUACCUCCCAGCUGGGUCCAGUGGUGGACAACAUCAGGCUGGCGGCAACCACUGCAGCGCAUGCUAUGGGGUGUGGAGGGGACACUCUACCUGCUGCUGGCACUGAUGCUAUGCCAUGCGCUGUUCACUACCGGCUCCCACCUGCUGAGCUCCCUGUGGCCUGUGGUGGCCGCAGUGUGGCGUCACCUGCUGCCAGCUGUGCUGCUGCUGAUACUCAGUGCUCUGCCUGCCCUGCUCUUCACAGCCUCUUUCCUGCUGCUCUUCUCCACACUGCUGAGCCUCGUGGGCCUCCUCACCUCCAUGACUCACCCAGGCUAUGCUCAGGACCUGGUCUAA